UAAAGAUAGAUAGGUGGGUUAACCUUUGUUGUUAUUCUUUCUUCUUUAAGUAUGUAAACACGGUUAUGUGAGCUAUUGGCUCACUUCAAUAUAGAAUCCUUCCGUGCCGCAGGAUACAUUCCGAGUAAGGAUUUUCAGGCUGGAACAAUGGAGAUGUGUAGUAGCGUGGUGUUGGGAGGCCUGGUGUUGUUGCUUCUACUGUGGUUGUUCAGGCUGAGGAGACAGAGACAUGUCCAUCUACCCCCAGGACCCUGCGCCCUGCCGCUGCUAGGCAACCUGCAUCAGAUUGACAAACAGGCCCCCUUCAAGACCCUCACCAAGUGGAGUGGUGUGUAUGGGCCAGUGAUGACAGUGUAUCUUGGGCCCCAGCGAGCCGUGGUGCUGGUGGGGUACGAGGCAGUCAAGGAGGCUCUGGUGGACCAGGCUGAGGAUUUCACAGGACGCGCUCCUGUCCCCUUCCUGGUCCUAGUUACCAGGGGAUACGGCCUGGCCAUCAGUAAUGGGGAGCGUUGGCGCCAGCUGCGUCGUUUCACCCUGACCACGCUGAGAGACUUUGGGAUGGGCCGUAAGAGGAUGGAGGAGUGGAUACAGGAGGAGAGCCAACACCUCAUAGACAGUCUAGACGCCACUAAAGCCGUGCCUUUCGAUCCUCAUCCAUUCCUGAGUCGCACCGUGUCCAACGUCAUCUGCUCCCUGGUGUUCGGCCAGCGCUUCGGUUAUGACGAUGACAACUUCCUGCAUUUGCUCAACAUCCUCUCAGCUGUACUGCGCUUUGGAAGCAGCCCCUGCGAACAGCUGUACAACAUCUUCCCCUGGCUGAUGGAACGCCUGCCUGGUCGGCAGCAAGUCGUGUUCGGCCAGAUGGACGAGCUGAGAGGCUUUGUGAUGAAAAAGAUCCACGAGCACCAGGAGACCAUUGACCCAGGCAACCCUAGAGACUUCACAGACUGCUUCCUCACCAGACUCAAGCAGGAGAAGGAUGUGUCCUCCUCUGAGUUCCAUUACGAGAACCUGGUGUCCACAGUGUUGGACCUCUUCCUUGCAGGAACAGAGACCACCAGCACCACUCUCAGAUACGCCUUCAUGCUGCUCCUCAAAUACCCCGACAUUCAGGAGCACGUUCAGCAGGAGAUCGACACAGUGAUUGGCCGACAGCGCGUCCCUCAGAUGGAGGACAGGAAGUCCCUCCCCUUCACAGAAGCCGUCAUCCACGAGGUGCAGCGCUUCCUGGACAUCGUCCCAUUGAACCUCCCGCACUAUGCCACCAAGAAUAUCUCAUUCAGAGGGUACACUAUCCCUCAGGGCACCGUGAUCCUUCCCAUGCUGCACUCUGUUCUGAGAGACCAGAACCACUGGGCCACGCCCACAACCUUCAAUCCCAAUCACUUCCUUGAUCAGAACGGAAACUUCCAGACGAACCCCGCCUUCUUGGCUUUCUCUGCAGGUAAGCGUGCCUGUGUGGGAGAGUCUCUGGCUCGUAUGGAGAUCUUUCUGUUCCUGGUGUCUCUGCUGCAACAUUUCUCCUUCUCCUGCCCUGGAGGACCUGACAGCAUUGACCUCAGCCCAGAGUUCAGCAGUUUCACUAAUGUGCCGCGUCACUAUCAGCUCAUCGCUACCCCCCGCUGACCAGGAGGGGAAUUGCAGCUGAACCACAGGAGGAGCACUCAGGAGUAGCACUCAGGAGGAGGAGGAGUAGAGAUGAGGAAGGGAGGAGGGACAGCACAGGAGGUUGGUUGCCAUGUGUCUGAUGCCAUUCCAUAAGCUUGUUCCAGCCAUUAUUAAUAUGAGCCGUUCUCCCCUCAGCAGCCUCCACUGAGGGACAGGUGUCUGUUUUUUGUUUUGUUUUUCAUGACAAUGUGAUGCUGUGUGAUGUGUGUCCUUUAACAACGAAUGCUUGGAGUUUUUUCUGGUCAGUAUAGGUGGAUCAGGAGAAACUCAGGGUCCUGGGAGUGAGGAGCGGGAAGGAGAUAUGCUGGGUGUACCAGACAGUAAUGUAAUGUACGCUGAGGAUUCAGGCACGUGUAAUUGGAGGCUGUCAGUUAGGGCGUCCAUUUUUCAGGUUGGCUGUCAGUUAGGGGGUCUAGGUACCAGUGUAUCUUUCAUUUUAUCAGUGUCUUUGUGUCUCAGCAACUAAGUCAAUGUGUUUGAGGCAGCACUGCCGCAAAAAAAUAUGGCUCUUAGAUGGCAAUCACCUCACUCUCUACCAACUCACCAGUGGAUACAGUUACUGUUAGAAGUUAUAGCAUCAUUAGACUUAUCGACAGAGAGAUUGAAUGAUCCUAGUCAAUAGUGCUGAGCGAUUAGCGCUUUUUGAGGUCAGUUCGGUUUCGGUUCCAUCAUUUUUUUUUUUAAAUCACGGUAAAAAAAUAACAUUAAAUGCACUAUGCAUUAUGCAGGUUGAAUGCUGUAACACAGAAUAAAACAAUUAAUAAAAGUCCCAUGAUGGUAGUGACUGCCCAUUACUGCUGAUCAUUUAUUAACCAUAAUUUAUUCACAUUACUUUACUUCAAUAAAAUAUUUCAGUUGUUGUGUAUAUUAUAUUUGUUUUAUUUGAUGACUUUAUUAUUUAAUUCCAAUUCACCAACUCAUCUGUACAGAGCUGCUGCCUAUGCUGUCUGACAAAAUCACUAUUUUAGUAGUUCUUCAAAGUAAAUAAGGCAUACUUUUAUGACUGCUGAACACCAACGAUCAAUCACUUAGAUCAUGUAUUUUCAGGUAGAGAUACAGUAUAUGUAUCAAGAUGGCUGGAUGUCCUUUGAGUGGUGGACCAUUCUUGAUACACAGGGGAAACUGUGAGCGUGAAAAACCCAGCAGCUUUGCAGUUCUUGACACAAACUGAUGCGCCGGGCACCUAUUAUCCUACCCCGUUCAAAGGCACUUAAAUAUUUUGUCUUGCCUAGGGCUGUGGCGGUCAUGAAAUUCUGUCAGCUGGUUAUUGUCAUGCAAAAGACCGCCGGUCUCACGGUAGUUGACAGUUCAUUAACAUAAACAAGCUGAUGUGUGCCUUUGGAGCAUCUAAAUGUAAAAAUACUAAUAAAUCAAUCUAUUAUACACCAUCACAAUAAAUCCAUGAUUUAUUUUAGUCAGGUCUAAUGAAACAUUAUGAUCUGAGUAAAAAGUAUUUCAGAAGAACAGAAUAUGAGUUGGUCUACUGUAUGUUAUCUGGCUAUGCUCCAUACCAGACUGUAGGCUUGUUCAUUUAGUAGACAACAUAUGCUUAUAAGUCCCAUGCCAUUAUUUUAUAUAUGAUUUAAUAGUUAGAAGAAUAUAAUUGAACUUAGCUGAAUAACACAGAAAGGAUAUUUUUCCCAUUCUGGAGCAAGUGCGCAUAUGAAGUGGCUAUGUUGAGUGUAAAAGUGAUCAUUUGAAACAGGUCCUAUACACUAGAUUUAGAGUUACUUGGCAACUUUAGUCGGGAACGAUACAAAACUAGAAUGUCUUAGAAAUCAAAACAUAUAUUGGCUGCAUGAUGUGACUAUAGGCUAUUGAUGAUCUGAGAAAGUCAAAAAAAUAAAGCAUGUGCUCCAAUCCUUACCUCAGUCUGCACAGCUGUUCUCUCAUCAAGUCAUCAUAUUUUCACCCAGCAGACUAUUCUCAAUUGAAUCUUGUCUUUACUAAUAUGUCAAAUUAGUUUAGAUUUAGAAUGUCCCAUUAUCAAAUGGGCAGGAACAGGAACAGGGGAAAAAAGACAUGUAAUCCGUAUGCACUCCAAUAGCGAAUGGAGGCCGCGCACUCGCGACGGUCAGUCUUUCAAUGAUGCCGGAAAACCUACUUGUGUUUAUAGCAGAGCUGUGCUUCAUAUGAGCAACUGUGAAAUAAAUAUAACAACACUUACUUCACUCCACACAUCAACUACUGUUUGAGGAGCAUGUAGCCUCCCGCUGUGCUACAGGUGAUAUUCUGCCCAAACUCUGUAUGCCAUGGCCUCUCUAACCCUGUUCCUGCAGCUACUCAGUGCUUACAUUUGGAAACCUAGUGAAAACUCUUCAGGAACAUUGAUAGUAACAUGUUUUUGCAACAAAACACAUUUCACUAAAUUGUUGACAGCCCCUCUGCAUGCUUGAGAAAGGAAAGGAGAGAGAGGAGGAGAUGGAAAGCACGGUGGUGAGAUAUUCUGUAUAGCUAAAGGUAAUGUGUCACCCAUUUAAUUAUGAUUUUUUUUUUAAAUCACUAUUAUUAGGCUAUUCCAAAUCAUACAAAAAUUCACUAUAAUCAAUGAACCAACAGCAUCACUUAGGGCUUAUACGUUCUCUACCAGACUCAUGGAUAGAAAUGUUGGAGUAUAGCAUAAGGUAACCAGUACAUACAGUAUGCAUAAUAAUACAGGCCACACUCAAAGACCAUUACUCAAAUGUGUUUAAUUUUGGAGAAUAGGCUAGCCCAUUUAUAUACCAAAGAUCUUAAAUCAGUUUUGUUUUAUGUUUUUCUGCCAUGUGUAAUAUGCGGUAGUCUGUGUAUUGUAUAACAGCACAAUCAUAAUUUUAAUUCAGUGUUUUCUUCAGGCUUGGGGUCAUAAACCUCAGAUUCAGUGUCACGUCCUGACCAUAGUGAGUGUUAUUUUCUAUGGUAGAUUAGGUCAGGGCGUGACAGGGGGUGUUUGUCUGGUUUUUGUAUGUCUAUGUUUUGGUUCUAGGUUUGUAUUUCUAUGUUGGUGUUAUUUGGCAUGACCUCCAAUUAGAGGCAGCAGGUUGUCGUUGUCUCUAAUUGGAGGUCCUAUUUAAGUUUAGGUUUGUCCCACAGGUGUUUGUGGGUGAUUGUUCUUCGUGAGGUUUAUGUUCCUCCAGCGUCACGGUUUGUUGUUUUGUAUUUACUUAAAGUGUUAAUUGUUGCAUUCGGUUUCACUGAUUUAAAUAAAACAUGUGGAACUACGAAAAA